AUGAGCUCGGAGGGCGAAGGGGGCGGCGGGGCGGAGGGGGCGGAGGAGGGCGGCGGCGAGGGCGCGGGGGGAGGCGCGCGAGCCAAGGCGCCCAACCUCGCCUCCGAGGACCCGCAGGAGCGCAUCGCCGCCCGGCGCCUCCGCAUCGCCGCCCGCCUCGAGGCCAAGAGGAGGUAGGGGUCCGGCUAGAGGACCUCUGGGGGCCCCUUCCGAGGGGAGAGGGGAGGGGACGCAUCGCGUGUGGGGUCCGGCUAGAGGACCUCUGGGGGCCCCUUCGGAGGGGAGGGGGAGGGACCGGGAGGCAUCGCGUGUGGGGUCCGGCUAGAGGACCUCUGGGAGACCCAUCCUAGGGGAGGGGGGAGGGGAGGGGAUGCAUCGCGAGGGGGUCCGGCUAGAGGACCUCUGGGGGCCCCUUCGGAGGGGAGGGGGAGGGACGGGGAGGCAUCGCGUGUGGGGUCCGGCUAGAGGACCUCUGGGGACCCCUUCCGAGGGGAGGGGGAGGGACGGGGAGGCAUCGCGAGGGGGUCCGGCUAGAGGACCUCUGGGGGCCCCUUCGGAGGGGAGGGGGAGGGACGGGGAGGCAUCACGAGGGGGUUCCGGCUAGAGGACCUCUAGGAUCCCCUUCCCAGGGAAGGGGAAGGCACAACGCUGGCAUCACAAGGGGGUCGGACUAGAGGACCUCUGGGUCUACCUUGCGAGGGGGAGGGACGGGGAGACAUCGUGAGGGGGUCGGUCUAGAGGACCUCUGGGUGUACCUUCCAAGGGGGGAAGGAAGGUGAGGCAUCACGAGAGGGGUCUGGCUAGAGCACCUCUAGGAACCCCUUCCAAGGGAGGGGGAAGCACAAUGCUGGCAUCGCGGGGGGGGGCAGCUAGAGGACCUCUAGGAUCCCCUUCCAUGGGAGGAGGGAAGGGGAGGCAUCGUGAGUGGGAUCCGGCCAGAUGACCUCUGGGAGACCCAUCCUAGGGGAGUGGGGAGGGGAGGGGACGCAUCGCGAGGGGGUCUGGCUAGAGGACCUCUGGGAGACCCUUCCGAGGGGAGGGGGAGGUUGUGAAUCCUGACGCAUGUUGGGUGAUCUGCCACCCAGCUCUGAACCUCUCCUCCCACAGCCCAACCCCAGACGCAGAAAUGGUCCCAGCAUCCCACUUCUUAAGACCCCCAUGUUUCCCACCCACACCCUUUUGGGAUCCCCCACCCACCACUUUCCCCCAGAGCUCCCUAUCCAGAGUCACUCUGGUUUCAGGUCUGGAGAUCCCCAAACGUUAGUCCAGGCACAGGGUGGGAUGAACAUGCCCCUUUGGGGCUCUUUUCCAGGGAGGCCCUUGGAGAAGAUCCAGAUGCACAUAAGCUGGUGGAAGAGGAGCAGAGUCGGAGCCACAAACAGAUAGAGGACAGCAGACAGGUUAGGACUCAGCGAGGGAACCGGGGCGUUUUUGUGUAUGAUUUCCCCAAAUUGCAUUCAAUCAGUUCACAGCACAGCGUGGCAAAAAGAAACCCAAUCCAUCGCUAUCCAUAUGAAAGAGAAUAGCAAAAAAAACCACAGUAAGUUAACAUUGGUAUCAAUAUACAGUGAUGACUUGGUUCUCAAACUUAGUCCGUUCCAGAAGUCCCAAAACCAAAGUGUUCCAAAACCAAGGUGUGCUUUCCCAUAGAAAGUAAUGCAAAACCGAUUAAUCCGUUCCAGACUUUUAAAAACAACCCCUAAAACAGUGAUUUAACAUGAAUUUUACUAUCUAACGAGACCAUUGAUCCAUAAAAUGAAAGCAGUAAACAAUGUAUUGCAGUCACACAAUCAAUCCGUCAGUAGCUUAACUGGGUUCCACACAGUCACAAAAACAAAAUGAAAAGAGCCGCAAAAACACAAAAUAAAUAGCAAAAAAGACCUCACCAUAACACUCAAAACACUCAAGCGUAACACUCAAAACGGGGCAUGUUCAGCUUCCGGAAAAAGUUCGCAAACUGGAACAGUUUCUUCCGGGUUUGCAGUGUUUGGGUUCCAAGUUGUUUGAGUACCAAGGCGUUUGAGAACCAGGGUACCACUGUAUCUUAAUUUUUCAGUUGCCAGCGAGAGCAAAGUGAAAUGCCCCCUGGACUAAGUAGCCUAGCUGGCAGAAGUUAGUAGUAGCUGCAACUCUGGAGAAGGAGGUAGGGCUGGCAAGAAUCGGCUGAAAGAACCUCAACUUUCAGGAGGGAACUGAACUCAAGGUGGAAAUUACGGUCACUUCAUUCCUAUUGCCAAGAUACAUCUGUAUAGCACAGCUUCACAGUUGCAGACCCUGCAGGGUUGCUGUUUUUUUUCCCCUAGAAGUGGCGCUGUGGAUUAAACCACAGAGCCUAGGGCUUGCCGAUCAGAAGGUCGGCGGUUCGAAUCCCCGCAACAGGGUGAGCUCCUGUUGCUCGGUCCCUGCUCCUGCCAGCCUAGCAGUUCAAAAGCAUGUCAAAGUGCAAAUAGAUAAAUAGGUACCGCUCCAGUGGGAAGGUAAACGGCAUUGCCGUGCACUGCUCUGGUUCGCCAGAAGCAGCUUGGUCAUGCUGGCCACACGACCCGGAAGCUGUACGCUGGCUCCCUCGGCCAAUAAAACGAGAUGAGCACCGCAACCCCAGAGUCAUUCGCAACUGUACCUAACGGUCAGGAGUCCCUUUAUCUUUAGCAACAUAAAUCAGUCUGGUUGGUCAAAAGAUACCGCCUCAAUCAUUUCAUGUCUGCGUUAGCUUAGAAUGACCCUCUUAUAAUAUGUUCUCUUCUCUGCUCAGAGGUUGACUAAGCUGCUGAUCGAUGGCACACAGCUAGUGACAAACAUCCAGGUGGCAGCUGAUUCUCGAGAGACGCACAGGAGGGCAGAGGAAGAGGAGCUGAAUCGGCAAAGGUAAGCGCUGGGCUGAGGCAUCCUCUUUAACUGGGGGAUAUCUGGGAAAGGGGACGCGGGUGGCGCUGUGGGUUAAACCACAGAGCCUAGGGCUUGCCGAUCAGAAGGUCGGCGGUUCGAAUCCCCGUGACGGGGUGAGCUCCCGUUGCUCGGUCCCUGCUCCUGCCAACCUAGCAAUUAGAAAGCACGUCAAAAUGCAAGUAGAUAAAUAGGUACCACUCCGGCGGGAAGGUAAACACUGUUUCCGUGUGCUGCUCUGGUUCGCCAGAAGCGGCUUAGUCAUGCUGGUCACAUGACCCAGAAGAUCUACACUGGCUCCCUCGGCCAAUAAAGUGAGAUGAGCUCCGCAGCCCCAGAGUUGGUUACGACUGGACCUAAUGGUCAGGGGUCCCUUUACCUUUUUAUCUGGGAAAGAGGCAGGAGAGAUCAGAGCCAGCCAGUGGUUCCCUUGGGAACUCAGCGCGAUCUUCACUUUGACCAAGGGGUCAGAAAAGACGUCCACUCCCAGGUUCAACAUUCUGAUUCAGGCUUGAGAGAACUGCAGGUUCCAGUGUGCGGAACGUGGACCUGAUAAACUGCUUUGCACUAAAUCAGAAUGUUGGCCCAUACAUUAUUUUUUUUAACCAGUUUUAUAGCCUGCCCUUCCUGCAAGGAGCUCGGAAUCUGUACCCAUCCAUAUAUAUAUAUAUACACAUAUAUAUAUAUAUAUAUAUAUAUAUAUAUAUAUAUAUAUAUGUAUGUAUACACAGUGGUACCUCGGGAUGUGAACGGGAUCCGUUCCGGAGCCCCGUUCUCAUCCUGAAUAGAACGUAAGAUGUACAAGCGCAUCUGCGCAUGCGCAGGUCGCAUUUUGCUGCUUCUGCAAAUGCGUGUGACGUCAUUUUGACCAUCUGCGCAUGUUUGAGCAGCGAAACCCGGAAGUAACGUGCUCUGUUACCUCUGGGUCGCCGCGGAGCACAACCCGAAAAUACUUAUCCUGAAGCGUAUUUAUCCCGAGGUAUAACUAUAUGUGUGUGUGUGUGUGUGUGUAUGUAUAUGUAUGUGUGUGUGUGUGUGUAUGUAUAUAUAUAUAUAUAUACACACACACACAUUUUUAUUAGUUUUUUAAACGUAUCAUUUCCAACAAUCAUAUAACAUAACUUCUUAUCUUAUACAGUAUUUUAGACUUCCGUCAACACCUCUGAUGAUUUUCCGUUCUUUAUCACGUAUUCCGCAUUUCUUAAUUUCUCUAUUACUCUUAAUUAUCGUUAACUAAUAAUUCUCCUCAUAGUCUUUCUGGCAAUAUUUCAGAUAGUCCUCCUUACAGAACUUCUUGCAGUCCUACUAGCGUAAUCUGUUCAUUACAAUUGCUUUUCAAAUAGUUCGUAUAUUUACUCCAGUCUUCUAAGAAUCUCUGGUCCCGCAGGUUUCGAAUCCUUCCUGUUAAUUUAUCCAGUUCUGCAUAGUCCAUCAAUUUCAUCCGCUAUUCUUCUUUCAUCGGUAGUUCUUCUUGCUUCCAUUUUUGUGCCAGCAGAAUCUGUAUCCAUCUUUACAGCAGUCCUAUGACGCAUGUUAGGCUGGGCUCUGCGACUGGCAGCCAUGCUCCACCCCUGCUGUCUGGAAACCUCCUUAAACUGGAGGUGCUGAGAACUGAAGCCAGGAGGGGAAUUUGAUUGCAAGGUGUGCGCUAGGUCCUUCAGGUGCGGCCCCUCCUUGUUUUAAGUACACUGGCAUCAAGGUAUAAUGGAGCCAAACAGUCCGAAGGGAGCUCAGAGUUCAUUUUGUCCCUGCCCAUGUUUCACAGCCCACACUGGGUGCCCCCCCCCGGCCUCAGCUUAAAUGCUUAUAGCAAAGGACCACCCAUCAUCUUCCUAGGGAGUCCCAUCUAUUGGCAAAGAGCUUGUGAAACCAGGGAGGUCUUCCUCACAUGAAUCAACACCCCCUUUCCUGUCAUUUGGACUUGUGAGUGUGGGCCUUGAGCUUUGAAGCAGCAGAAAACAAAUUUUUCCCUUCGGAGAUGGAAAUAUGAGCAGUUUUAUAUAUAUCUUUAUUCCAUUUUUUUAUCGAUUUUCUAAAAAAUUUUAAACAAACAAACAUAAAUCUCAACUGCAUUUAAACCAAUUUUAGUAACGUUGUUAAGUGACUUCCUCAAAUCCCCCUAGUUGAAUUUCAGUGUAUAUCAUUUUAACAGUUUUCCAAGACCAAUUUUCUCAUAAAAUUAACUUAAUCACUUAACACCUUUCUUUCUAUUUUGACUUUAAACAUAUUAAUCUCUGACAUUACAUAUUUAAAUCCUAAGCCUAUCUGGUAUUUGUAAGCUUUUUUAAUUAAAUUAUCUUAACGUAUUUAACUAAAUUUGAAUUUCCUCCAUUCCUCCUGGUACUCCUCCUCCUUCUGGUUGCGGACUCUUCCAGUCAGGUCGGCUAGCUCCGAAAAGUCCAUCAUCUUCACCUGCCAUUCCUCCACUGUAGGGACUUCUUGUGUUUUCCAAUUCUUAGCUAUCAAUUCUUGCUGCAGUUGUGGCAUACAAAAAACAGUUUGACAUCUUUCUUGGGCAAUUCCAAACCUGUUAUUCCAAGAAGAAAGGCCCCUGGUUUCUUAAUAAAUGUAUAUUUCAACAUCUUUUCCAAUUCAUGAAAUAUGAGCGAUUAUAAACAUGGGGUUGAUAGAACAUUGUAUGGCAGCAAGCACCCUUUCCCUCUAGCUUAUUCCCACAUUGGCUGGGUUUUCUGAAGGCUGGUUCCCGUUCGGAGGAGGCCCUCACUUCUGGGAUUGCACUACCCUCAAUAGUUCAGAUACUUUCCCGCAGUUUGGCUAAGAUUCCUUCAUUGCAGGGGGUUGGACUGGAUGACCCUCAGGGUCCCUUCCAACUCUGCAAUUCUGUGAUUGGCUUAAGAUUCUUAGGCUGAAUUGGAGGUGAAAGGGAAAGCGUUACAAGAACGAGAUAGCAGUUAAUUGAGAGGGGUGGGUGUUGUGCCACACCCCUUUUUGGGGAGGGGCUUGCCACUUACACUGAACUUCAAAAUGCCCAAAGAGUCAAUGGGCUAUUGGGAAUCAGGCCUACAGAUGCACCUGAUCUUCAGGAAAGUGUCUGUUUGGAAAUACUUGGUGCUCGAGCCAAAAAGAAAGACCAAAGAGGAGAGGGCAGAGGUCUUGUGCCAGCAAAUGAUUAAGAUCAGGGGUCCCCAAACUAAGACCCACAGGCCGGAUAAGCCCCGAGGGACUCAUUUAUCCAGCUCGCGGUGACCCCUGCUGCCUGCUGCCGCCGCCCACUCUUACUGGCGCUGCGCGGCUGCCCACUUUCAGGUCGGAGGAGCACCGGAAAUAGCUUGUGCACAUGCGCAAGUGUUAUUUUCGCAUGCGCAUGCGUUAUUUCUGGUGCACAUCCGGGUCGGAGACGGCCCAUGCACAUGCGCACAAGCUAUUUCCAGUGCUCCUCCAACCCAGAAGUGUGCCGGAAAUUGCGUGUGCGCACGCAUAUGGGCACACACUCCCCUGCCCUCUGGCCCACCGUGCAUUCGGCGCUGGAGAUACCGGCCCGAGGUGCGGUAAGUUCUCUGACCCCGAUUAAGAUCAUUGAUCUGCUGUGUCACACAGCAGCCCGCAACAGCGUUAUAGAUUUUCAGCCUCAGAUCAGAACUGACGAGGGCUGCUCGCAAACUCGCCUUGAAGGGAACUCUCUCCAUCUGGCUCUUUGCAGGGUGGAGAAGCUGGAGAAUGAAUCCAAGGCCAACCAAGACAAGUUUAACGAGAUCACUUCCAAGUGGGGAGCUACCAAGGAAAAGAUCAUCCCCCAGGAGCUCUGGGAAGGUCUCAAUGCACAGCAGAUGCUCUGCGCACAGCUGAUUGAAGAAAAGAACAAGCUCAUCAGUGAGCUCCAGCAGGUGGGGUUGCACACCGGGGGGGGAGUGCGUGGGGACAGGUUUUUCGUUUUGCUGAGGUGCUAGCAGUCGACAAAUAGGGCAAAGGAUCUCGUGCAGAAGAGCGUUUCAAUGUAUGUAUUUUUCUGCUAGUGAUGGGCAAACCUGCCUCGGAUCGAUUUGGAAUUUGUAGCAAUGGGAAACUUCCACAGGAACCAUAUGAACUGACCUGUACUCUGAGAUCAUCCUCUGAGUCCGUUUCUUCGUGUGCCUCCUCCAUGAGAGGUCUGGAGGGUGGCAACACGAGAAGGGGCCUUUUCUGCAGUGGCUCCCCAUUGGUGGAAUGCUCCCCCUAGGGAGACUCAUCUUGCACCUUUGUUACGUAUUUUUAGGCGCCAGGCAAGAACUUGCCUCUAUAACCAGGCCUUUGGCCUUUAACCAUCUACAGGUAAAUCUCACCGUAUGCGAGGGUUGCGUUCCUGGCUAUUGCUCUACCUCUCUUUUAAAUCAGAACCAGUGAAGGGGGUGAAGGUCCUGUGUGAGUGUCUGGAGGCAGUUGGAGGAUGGAUGGCGGCUAACAGAUUGAGGUUGAAUCCUGACAAGACAGAAGUACUGUUUUGGGGGGACAGGGGGCGGGCGGGUGUGGAAGACUCCCUGGUCCUGAAUAGGGUAACUGUGCCCCUGAAGGACCAGGUGCGCAGCCUGGGAGUCAUUUUGGACUCGCAGCUGUCCAUGGAGGCACAGAUUAAUUCUGUGUCCAGGGCAGCUGUCGACCAGCUCCAUCUGGUAUGCAGGAUGAGACCCUCCCUGCCCGCAGUCUGUCUCCCCAGAGUGGUGCAUGCUCUAGUUAUUUCCUGCUUGGACUACUGCAAUGCGCUGUAUGUGGGGCUACCUUUGAGGUUGACCCGGAAACUGCAAUUAAUCCAGAAUGUGGCAGCUAGACUGGUGACUGGGAGCGGCCGCCGAGACCAUAUACUACCGGUCCUGAAAGACCUACAUUGGCUCCCAGUACGUUUCCGAGCACAAUUCAAAGUGUUGGUGCUGACCUUUAAAGCCCUAAACGGCCUCGGUCCAGUAUACCUGAAGGAGCGUCUCCACCCCCAUCGUUCUGCCCGGACACUGAGGUCCAGCGCCGAGGGCCUUCUGGCGGUUCCCUCAUUGCCAGACGUGAGGUUACAGGGAAGCAGACAGAGGGCCUUCUCAGUAGUGGCCCCCUCCCUGUGCAACGCCCUCCCUUCAGAUGUGAAGGAAAUAAGCAGCUAUCUUCUCUUUAAAAGACAUCUGAAGGCAGCCCUGUUCAGGGAAGUUUUUAAUAUUUAAUGCUGUAUUGUUUUAACACUCGAUUGGGAGCCGCCCAGAGUGGCUGGGGAAACUGAGCCAGAUGGGCGGGGUAUAAAUAAAUAAAUAAAUAAAUAAUUGCUCAUGACUGCUAGAAGGGCCCUGCGUGACUAUUCCUGUCUGAUCCUGGGUCUGAGGAGGUCUUCCUCCACCUACCCCACAUCUUGCUUACUGGGCUAUGGGAAGGGUUCCAGGGGCCUCAAACCCUGCAGUCGCUGCCCCAGAGGCCUCAUGUAACCUCCCCAGAGGCUGUUAAACAAGACUUUGAAAGCUCUCCGUGAGUCCCACCCCCUUGCUUUCCCUUUAUUUCCUUUAUUUAAUUUCCCGCAAUCUGUAUAACGCUGCAGUUGUGUGCGUAAAAUCAGCGUAAGAGGAGUUAUCAGUCACAAACCGCCCUGUGAGCUUAGGAUGAAGGGCGGUAUACACAUUUAGUAAAUGAAAUCCACCUGCCUUCGUAGUGUGAAGAUGAGAGGGUGGAAUCCAAAAGUCAGGCCUGAAUCUGGCCUCCCUGUCUGUUUGUGCCCUCCAGGAGCUGAAAAGCAAAGAUGACCAGUACGUGAAGGAUCUCAGGAAGCAGUCAGAAGACAUUAACCUGCUGCUGGAGCGGAUGGAGGAGCAGAUCAGAAACCUCAUAAAAAACUACCGCAGAGAGCUCCUGCAGAUUGAGGUACCGGUCUCUCGUCCCGCACCCUGAAGCUUCUCACCAGCAGAAGGCGAUUCUUUCUUGCUUGUGUAUAUGCAGCAAAAAAAAAAAAAGAUGGUCAAACUAAGAUGAAAGCAGCAUUGGGCAUCGGCAAGCAAAUGUAUUUAAAUUCUGUUUAUCUUCGUUUAUUUUAUGUAUUUUCCCUUCAUGUAUCCAAGGCAGCUAGCAAAAAAUACAUCAGAAUUAGACUGACAAUAUGAAAUAAAACAGUUUAAAAAUGCAGAGCUGAGGAUCCUCUUCUUGCUUUCGGCACUGCCUUUGAAAAUCCUAGUAAUGAAACAGUUGCAGACUUUGCUCAAUGAAUUUGUUUCACAAAAUGCAAUAGCAAGAAACACAUCCAAAGAGAUAGUGGCUUUGGAGUCCCAAACCUAAGCUGUUGUGAUCAGACUAUUAGUCUAUUAGCCAGGGAGAUACUGUGAUUUGACAUACCCAAGUCUCACAGGGUAGGAGAACGUGGGUGGGCGGGUGUUAAAUGAAUGGAUCUGGGGAAAGAAAUCAAAAUUCAGUGACUCCAAACUCUGAGAAGUAAUGAAGGCGAUCUGGAGUCUUCUUAGAAGGUCCCUAAUUUAUCCUCCUCCCCUACUCAGGAGUACUCAUUUGCUACUUUAGGGCUGAAUAUGAGCUCUUCAGAGUCUGUAAUUUUGUCGUGAUUCCUGCACUUUCAGGGGUUGGACUAGAUGAGCUUUGGGUGUCCCAGCUUUUCAGCUCUGUGAUUCUGAGUCCUGGCUCUCACGGGACUCUGCUGACUUCCCUUCCGCACAUAGAUUGGGGGCUGCUCAAGCCACAUUUCUCUCUUUUCCCCCUUAGAAAGCCUUUGAAUUAGAGCGCCGUGAACUCCUCACGAGCAACAAGAAGAAAUGGGAACAGGCCAUGCAGUUGCUCAACCGCCAAGAGGUAAGGAAGCAGGGGGCACGUGCCUGCGGGAAAGGCAGAGAAACAGCCCCCUCCCAGGAAGGAGAAGAAGGAAAAGUCUAAGAUGGUAGUCCCUGUCGGAACACGCCUGGGGGACACACACAGCCCCUGGAUUGAGACAAACCUAUCCAGGCGUCUUCCUUGUGAAGCGCAGCCCGGGACGUUCAUAAAUCUUCAGUCUCAAUGCACACCAGCGACACAUAUCUGAACAUAUGUAAACACUCUAUCAGCAGAGUAUAGCAGAAACGAUGUGGAGCUUAGGUGUGGCAUUCUAAGUAAUUUAUUAAGCAAUAUAUAUACGGGAAGGGACGCGGGUGGCGCUGUGGGUUAAACCACGGAGCCUAGGGCUUGCCGAUCAGAAGGUUGGCGGUUCGAAUCCCUGUGACGGGGUGAGCUCCCGUUGCUCGGUCCCUGCUCCUGCCAACCUAGCAGUUUGAAAGCACGUCAAAGUGCAAGUAGAUAAAUAGGCACCGCUCCAGUGGGAAGGUAAACGGUGUUUCCAUGCGCUGCUCUGGUUCACCCGAAACGGCUUGGUCAUUGUAGAGCAGGAAGGUGGCCACCUGUCUUGGAUGCAUUAGCUGAGAUUCCUGCAUUGCAGGGAGUUGGACUAGAUGACCCUUGGGUCCCUUCCCGCUCUAUGAUUCUAUAAUAUGCUUCCUUAUUUUGUUUUCUUUGGUGGGGUAGAGGGCUGGUUGAGAUGGAUAACAUGAGACCACAACCAAAUCUCUCCCUUAGUUUGAGUUCAGGGUAGAUGUGACCAUCUGCAUUGUGAGCAUGCUUUGUGACCAUCUGUGGUGAAAAGCAGUCUAUAAAUAUUAGAAUCAUCAAGCCGGAAGGGACCCUGAGGGUCAUCUAGUCCAACCCCCUGAAAUGCAGGAAUCUCAGCUAACGCAUCCAGGACAGGUGGCCAUCCGACCUCUGCUCACAAACCUCCAAGGAAGGAGAAAUAUAUCAGAAGGUGACCACAAGCUUUGCUGGGCUCAGAGAUGAGCUUCAGAGUAUCCUCUUAGCAAAGCCAGAGGGACGUGUGCUUAAGAGUCGCCCCCUCGGAAACCAGGAGUGUGGGGCAAAAGCCCACCUUCUCAUGGGCCUUGACCCAAUCUCUUCAAAGUAUCAAAUGCAGGGAGAAGCAGCCCCUUCGCUUUGCAGAGGUAUGCUUUGAUGGGCUACUCAGAGGGGUUUGGCAGCUGUUUACCGAUUCCGGGGCAAAGAGCUGGCUUCGUUUCCAAGCCAGGGCAGCGGAAAUGGGGACCUUGGCCACUCGCUCUCUCUGCCUUUUGCUCUAGCUGGAUUUCAUGAUGGCCCGCCUGAAGAAGGUGGAGGAAUAUGAGCGCGAGCUGAACCAGCUGCGGGUGCAAGACGCCGAGGAGUACAACGUGAUCAAGAUCAAGUUGGAGCAUGACGUGCAGGUACGGAGCGAGAAUAGACCCCCCAUCGGGUGCCGGUGUUGUGGGGACCCUGCAAGCCCUUUCUCUGAGGCACGGUGGGAUGGCAGCUGAGUCACUUCUGCAGCAAUUCCUUCAUGGACUCUCAUUUCAUUUGGGGCAUCCGCAGGAGCUUAAAUGGCAGAUUUCAGGGAUAAUAAUGAUAAUAAUAAUUUAUUAUUUAUACCCCGCCCAUCGAGCUGAGUUUCCCCAGCCACUCUGGGCGGCUCACAAUCAAGUGUUAAAAAAAUACAGCAUUAAAUAUUAAAAACUUCCCUGAACAGGGCUGCCUUCAGAUGUCUUUUAAAGAUAAGAUAGCUGCUUAUUUCCUUCACAUCUGAAGGGAGGGUGUUCCACAGGGCAGGCGCCACUACUGAGAAGGCCCUCUGCCUGGUUCCCUGUAACUUCACUUCUCGCAGGGAGGGAACCGCCAGAAGGCCCUUGGCGCUGGAUCUCAGUGUCCGGGCUGAACGAUGGGGGUGGGGACGCUCCUUCAGGUAUACAGGAUCGAGGCUGUUUAGGGCUUUCAAGGUCAGCACCAACACUUUGAAUUGUGCUCAGAAACGUACUGGGAGCCAAUGCAGAUCUCUCAGGACCAGUGUUAUGUGGUUCCGGCGGCCGCUCCCAGUCCCCAGUCUAGCUGCCGCAUUCUGGAUUAAUUGCAGUUUCCGGGUCACCUUCAAAGGUAGCCCCACGUAGAGCCCAUUGCAGUAGUCCAGGGAAUGCUAAUGUGAUUGCAAAGAAGGCUGGGAGACAAAAAUCACCUGGGGGCGUACAAUUUCGGGGUCCCUUCUUAGCUUCCCAGACCAGGACGAGGGCUGUGAUGCCCCAAUUGUUCCUCUUAAUUCAAGAACCAUUCUGGGGACCAUCAAGAUCCUUGUUUCAAUUGCAACCUGAACGAUUUCGUCUCAUCCUCUGCACAUAAUUUCCCCUCUCCCCGUUCUUGGCUUUUUACCCCUUGCUCAGUGUCAGAUGUCGGUGGUGGUUGCUCGUGAGUAACCAGGCAGGACUCCGACCUGUCUUUAACAGGUUUUAUUUUGGUGCAAAACUGUUUACAGUGCAGAACCAUCAGUUCAUGGCUGCCUCAAUUGCUAGCAGAAUCCGGGAGUGGUUGUUUCCGGUUCCUCCCCCAGCAUAAGAGCUUAGUCACCCCCAGCCUUUUCCUUCCUUCUUUGCGCUUUACACCUCUGUGCAAGGUGGGCGACCGAAGAGGCGUGCUUUCCUCCUGACCACCGGCUUGGCAAAGAGCGGUGCCGAGGCUCCCAGCAGCAUCCUCUAGCCCUUUCACCUCCUUUACCCAGAUCGUGUGGCUUUCCCCACCCUCAGACUGACAAGGUGCAGCGCUGGGGCUCCCAGCAGCAUCCUCUGGUCCCUUCCCCUCUUCCCCGCUGGAGGUGUGGCUUUCCCCACCGCAGGAAGAGGAACUGCUUCUCACGAUUUUCGGAGGUUCCCUGUAUCCCAACUGCCCCUCUGCCUCCCUUCCCUGUUCCGGUGGCAGUCCCUGACACUCAGAUCCCCCGCCUAGUCUCUUGGUUUCUGAUAAGGGACAUCAAUGGCUGUGUCUGUUUGCUUUGGGGAUGGUGUGUGUGUGUUAGAGGGUGUCAUCUUGAUUAGUUGUGAGUGUAGUCAGCGGCUGUCCUGAUCACAAGUGAUCCAAAGACAAGAUAGGCACCAGUUCCAUGGGUCAUGUCAAGCCGCAGAGCUGGUCUCCUCUGGAGCAAGUCCACGAGGGGGAUUUGCAGCAUGGCCUCUGCUUAUUCUUCAUUUCCUCCCCUCUUUGGGUGCCAGAUCCUGGAGCAGCAACUCCAGCAAAUGAAAGCCAUCUACCAGCUGAACCAGGAGAAGCUGGAGUACAACUUCCAGGUCCUGAAGAAACGGGACGAGGAGAACACCAUCAUCAAAUCCCAACAGAAGAGGAAGCUCAAUCGGUAAAGGAGCCGGGCCGUCUUCCCCUUCUUCCCUUCCCGCAGCCUGGAAUAUAAUUCUCUGCACACCAAAUUCUCUGCUGCAUCGCGGCCUUAGUAUAGAUGCUAUCCUGCCCCUUGUCCACAGAGAAGUUUCUAGGAAGUUGAUGCAGGAUGUGCGAUAUGCCUCUGAAGAACAAUAUAUAUAUAUAUAUAUAUAUAUAUAUAUAUAUAUAUAUAUAUAUCAGACAUGCAAUCUGAUGGUGAAUUUGGGGUAGCCCAAUGCAAAAAUCCUGAAGAUCCAUGUGGUUCUGUGCUUUGUAACCACGUUUUUGCGCCAUUGCGGCCCCGGGAAACCAUGGAUGCGUGAUUUUUUUGGUGCAGGCUGUAGCCAUGGACAUGCUGUGUGAUCUGAUGGUGAAUUUGGGGUGACCCAAUGCAAAAAUCCUGAGGAUCCAUGGGCUUUUGCCUCUCCUCUCCCAGGCAGCCUCCGCUAGUGUCCCUUAUCUCUCUUCUGAUCCCACCGACCAGCUGUUUCCUUUCAAUACUCCCUUCCCUCUUGUUUGCCUUAGUGUCUUUUCCUUAGCUGGAGGAGUUUUUUUGCUCCUCCCUUUCUUCUAAUUUCUCUCCUUAUUGCUUUAGUCUUCCUGUUUUUCCCCUUUACAAGUUUGCUGUCUUUACCUCCCCCCUCCCAGGCAGCCUCCUUUAUCUCUAGCGUCCCUUAUCUCUCUCCCCGAUUGGCAAACAAUCAGCGGCUUUGUUUCAACACCCACUUCCCUCUUUCAAAAAAAAAAAAAAGCAUGAUCUGCUUUUUGCCCCUGGGCAAUUCGGCUCCAGGGACCACGCAUUCGCUCAGUAAGACGCACAGACAUUUCCCCAUACUUUUUAGGAAGAAAAAAGUGCGUCUUAUGGAGCGAAAAAUACGGUGUGCCCCUUCUCUUCUGCUGGGGCCCUUACCACCCUCAGGUCUCGCUGGGUCGCUGGGUUCGCUCUUCAUAAGCCAAGCUCCGCCUCUUCCCCCCGCCUCCAGGUUGCACGAUAUCCUGAACAACCUGCGCCUCAAGUUUGCCAGACAGAUCAAGCAGUACCGCGAGGAGAACAUGGCUCUGACGGCUGACUACAAACGGAUUGUGCAACAGUACAAGGACCUGCAGAGGACCAUGAGGUAGGGCUGCCUGGGGCAGCAGAGCUCGUGUGCGGGCAAAGACUGUUGCCCCUUGGCUGCAACAGUCCGAACCUGGGUUCAGCGGGACCGUGCGCGAGUCAGAAAAAGGGCCGAGGCUCAAAACAGCUUGGGGGAGUGGGCGGGUUCUGUUUCGAGUCCUUCCUGCUCAGCCCAGGUGCAGACAAAAACGAUCCCAGCUCUGAGAGGCUGAUUCAAAACUUGCUGGCGCAGGAAGCUGCCUCCCCACCAGAUUUGGCCUGAUCAGGAUCUGACCCGGGGAGCCGAAAGAGUUCCCUGUCAGCUUUGCCUUUGAGCCAGUGCCAACGACUGGGCUCAGCCUCUUCAGCCCCGCUGCCCCGAUUGGGCCAGGUGAGCUGGGAAGCACUUCCAGAGACCUUCCACUCAGGAAAAGAGGUCUAAGUGCAAUGGAGUCACAACUUUGAGCUGUGAGCAUCAAACUCAGCGCCACAGUCAGCGGAGCACAGCAGAGUAUGAAUGACACAAACGACAGCUCUGAAGCUUAACUUCUUUAUUCUGUUGCAGCUACUGCAAACUAAAAUAAACUAUACAGUGGUACCUUGGGUUACAGACGCUUCAGGUUACAGACUCCGCAAACCCAGAAAUAGUACCUCGGGUUAAGAACUUUGCUUCAGAAUGAGAACAGAAAUCAUGCUCCGGUGGCGCGGCGGCAGCGGGAGGCCCGUUAGCUAAAGUGGUGCUUCAGGUUAAGAACAGUUUCAGGUUAAGAACGGACCUCCGGAACGAAUUAAGUACUUAACCCGAGGUACCACUGUAUAGGGUGCCAACAUUCUGCAUGAACUAGUUGCAGGGCAACAUGUACAAAUAGCUUUAGAUACCUAUUGUUGUUGUUGUUUAGUCAUUUUAGUCGUGUCUGACUCUUCGUGACCCCAUGGACCAGAGCACGCCUAUUAGGUCCAUAAAUUACCAUAUAGCAUACAGUGGUACCUCGGGUUACAUACGCUUCAGAUUACAGACUCCGCUAACCCAGAAAUAGUACCUCGGGUUAAGAACUUUGCUUCAGGAUGAGAACAGAAAUUGUGCUCCGGCGGCACGGCAGCAGCAGGAGGCCCCAUUAGCUAAAGUGGUGCUUCAGGUUAAGAACAGUUUCAGGUUAAGAGCGGACUUCUGGAACGAAUUAAGUACUUAACCCGAGGUACCACUGCAAACUAAAGACUAACAGAGGCUACUGGACUGCAUGAGUGUUACAGAUCGUUAUGCAGUCAUCUUAUCUCUACACGGAUAACGCUCAGACUCCCACAGAGCCAGGCAGGAGCAGAAGAAGCAAUGAGUAGAUUCCGCCCCCUCCUUUCUGAAACAUCAUGAGAUUCUUGCAACGGGAGGGGUGAAAUAUCUACAUUCCUCACCCCUGGUCUACACUGGCAGCAGCUCCGCAGGGUUUCAGACAGGGUGUCUCUCCCAGCUGUUGCUUAAGAUGCCGCUGGAGAUUGACCAGGGACCUCCCCCAUACGAGGCAGGUACUCUACCAUCACAGCGGUCGACUAAAGAUGGAUAAAGGGAGAAUGAUCUGCCCAAGGCCACCCCUUGGACUUGACGAAGGAGUGGGGAUUUAAGAAGUGGAUUUCACAUCACUUCCAGGCGCUCCCACCUUGCUUGAGAUGGCUCUGGGCUUCACUGACUGAUCAGCACAUCAGGAGCCAGAAUCAUAGAAUCAUAGAGUUGGAAGAGACCACAAGGGCCAUCGAGUCCAACCCCCUGCCAAGCAGGAAACACCAUCAGAGCCCUCCUGACAUAUGGUUGUCAAGCCUCUGCUUAAAGACCUCCAAAGAAGGAGACUCCACCACACUCCUUGGCAGCAAAUUCCACUGUCGAACAGCUCUUACUGUCAGGAAGUUCUUCCUAAUGUUUAGGUGGAAUCUUCUUUCUUGUAGUUUGGAUCCAUUGCUCCGUGUCCGCUUCUCUGGAGCAGCAGAAAACAACCUUUCUCCCUCCUCUAUGUGACAUCCUUUUAUAUAUUUGAACAUGGCUAUCAUAUCACCCCUUAACCUCCUCUUCUCCAGGCUAAACAUGCCCAGCUCCCUUAGCCGUUCCUCAUAAGGCAUCGUUUCCAGGCCUUUGACCAUUUUGGUUGCCCUCCUCUGGACAGAAAGGAAACUUCCUUCAUGCUUUGAUCCGUUGGCCUGGCUCUGAUGCAUACCUGUCAACUUUUUACUUUUCUUGCAAAGAAUCCUAUUCGGAAUAAGGCAAUUUCCCUUUAAAAAAGGGAAACCUUGACAGCUAUGCUCUGAUGUGCUCUAGUCCAUGGGUAGGCAAACUAAGGCCCGGGGGCCGGAUCCAGCCCAAUCGCCUUCUAAAUCCGGCCCGCAGAUGGUCCAGGAAUCAGUGUGUUUUUACAUGAGUAGAAUGUGUCCUUUUAUUUAUUUAUUUUUUUUAAAUAAUUUUUUAUUAAGGUUUUAAACAAAGAAAAAAGAAAAACAACACACACAAAAAACAAUACAAAACUUAACAAUAAAAACACAAAACAUAACAGUUAAAAACAAACUCUCUUUUCCAUUUCCAAUUUUAAAUUACUUAUUUUCUGGACUUCCUCAUACCUCCCUCUUUGUAUUCCAAUCCACAUUAUUUGUCCAGCAGUUUCUUUUCCACUUUUUAAUCCCAAUCUUUAAUUUAAUAAAAUGUUAAAAUAUAUAACUUCAACUUUUUAAACCUAAUCCUUGAUCUUAAUGUCAUAUAGCUUUAAAUUUUUCCCUUUUAUUAUCAAAUUUCCAUUUCUUUAAACAUCUUUAAUCUUGAUCUUUAAUCUUAAUCUAUCCUUAACUUUAACCUGUACAGCUGGAAACCACUUAUUUUCAAUCCAUCAUCACUCUAACAUUCCUUAAUUUUGCAGUGUUUCUGAAGAUAGUCUUUGAAUUUCUUCCAGUCUUCCUCCAUCGACUCUUCUCCCUGGUCACGGAUUCUGCCAGUCAUUUCCGCCAAUUCCAUAUAGUCCAUAAGUUUCAUGAAUGUGUCCUUUUAUUUAAAAUGCAUCUCUGGGUUAUUUGUGGGGCAUAGAAAUUCGUUCAUUUCCCCCCCUCAAAAUAUAGUCCACCCCUCCCCUCAAGGUCUGAGGGACAGUGGACCAGCCCCCUGCUGAAAAAAGUUUGCUGAUCCCUGCUCUAGUCUAUGUCUGGAUGAUACGUAAUAAAGCAUUGGCGUGUAUUAUUAUUAUUUGAAAAAAGUAUAUAGCUAUGAACAUUGACAGGCAAUGUACAAAACGCCCUUUUUAUGCUGGCCGUUUGUAAGCAUUUAGCAACAUUGGAAGACAAUGCGUGGCCAAAGGGCAGCAUAAGUCAACAGACAGGCUGAAACUGAAUGCAAAAAUAUGGAGAUGACACUGAAGAAUUCUGAGUGUGUAGCGACUCAUGAUCUCGACAGUUGCUGAUGCACUGCGACAGCUGAAUAUUUGCUGAAUAUUUGGUGGCUGUUAUUGCCCAGUAGCCCACAACGCUCCACACCAAAACAGGCUUGCAAAACCAGCCCCCAGGUUUCACCCUUGCUAAUACAUCAGAAGGAACAGGAAGAGCUGUCCGACAGCGAAACAGUCUCCCCUGGGAGGUUGGAAACUCUCCUUCGUCAGGACGUUUUUAAGCAGCGGUUGGAUGGCCAUCUGCCAUGGAUGCUUCAGCUGAGAUUCCUGCAUUGCAAGGGGUUGGACUGGAUGACCCUUAGAGGUCCAUUAUAACUCUUCUAUUCUAUGACUCUGUGUGCUAGUACACAGGCCUGAGCUCAGAUCCAGUUUGGAAAUCAUAGAAUGGUGGAGUUGGAAGGGAUCCUGCGGGUCAUCUAGUCCAACCCCCUGCAAUGCAGGAAACAUUUGGGCCAACAUGGGGCUAGUGCUUCUGACCCUGAGGUUUAGAAUUAACUCGAUCCCCUCCCCAUCUUCUUUUUUCCUUUUCCUCCUGUGACGGAACUCCUACUUGGGGACUUCCCUGGCUUUUUUCUGGCCCACGUAGGACCAGUCUGGAUAGUUAGCCUUGGUGAAGACUUGACGUUUUCAUCCCCAAAAAAGUUUUUGAGUUUCUGCUGAAAUGAGGCUGUAUUUAAUGUUGUAUUUUAACCUUGUUUUUGAGUUGUAUUUCAAUCAACUUGUUUUAUAUUUGGUGUUAGCCGCCCUGAGCCCAGUCUUGGCUGGGGAGGGCGGGGUAUAAAUAAAAUUAUUAUUAUAUUAUUAUUAUAGCCUCAUGCUCCACCUUUCACCUUCAACGCAGGCACUUUGCCAUCGUGGACGCUGAGCACUUCCUGGACGUGUGGCUGAUGAACGAGGAGGAGGCCAAGGGCCUGAUCCGCAAGGUCUUCAGCGCCGACCGCGUCAUCCACGCCCAGCAACUGGGGUUACAGUGGAUCGAGCCAGACAGCUGGUUCCUGCACAAUGUGGGUCCCAUCGUGCACAGCAAGAAGAUGAAGUCGGCCAGCGAACUGGCUAGGGAGGUGAUCGCGCCAGAAAGUAAGCAAGGCUGUCUCUCACCCCCAACCCCACCCCUCUGCUGCUUGGGAACAUAGGUGUAAAGGUAAAGGUAAAGGGACCCCUGAACAUUAGGUCCAGUCGUAGCCGACUCUGGGGUUGCGGUGCUCAUCUCUCUUUACUGGCCAAGGGAGCCGGUGUACAGCUUCCAGGUCCUGUGGCCAGCAGGACUAAGCCGCUUCUGGCGAACCAGAGCAGCGCACGGAAAUGCCAUUUACCUUCCCGCCGGAGUGGUACCUAUUUAUCUACUUGCACUUUGACAUGCUUUUGAGCUGCUAGGUUGGCAGGAGUAGGGACCGAGCAACGGGAGCUCACCCAGUCGCGGGGAUUCGAACUGCCGACCUUCUGAUCGGCAAGCCCUAGGCUCUGUGGUUUAACCCACUGCGCCACCCGCAUCCCUUAACAUAGGCAUAGGAAGGUGCCUUAAUCAGACCAUCAGCCCACCUGGUUCAGUGUUGUCCACACUGACUGUCAGCAGCUGUCCAGAGUUUCAAGCAGGGAUGUUCUCCCAGCCCCCGGGCAUCUGGAGGAUGGCAUCAGGGUCCUUCUGCCUUGAAGGCUGAGGCUCUGCCCCAGGGCAAGACAGUGUGGUGUAGUGGUUAAGAGCGGUAGUCUCGUAAUCUGGGGAACCGGGUUUGAGUCUCCGCUCCUCCACAUGCAGCUGCUGGGUGACCUUGGGCCAGUCACACUUCUCUGAAGUCUCUCAGCCCCACUCACCUCACAGAGUGUUUGUUGUGGGGGAGGAAGGGAAAGGAGAAUGUGAGCCGCUUUGAGACUCCUUAAAGGGAGUGAAAGGCGGGAUAUCAAAUCCAAACUCUUCUUCUUCUUCUUCUUCUUCCCUCUUUUUCCAUGUGGGUCUGUAUUCUGCUCCAAGCCUACAGCGACCCCCAGUCCUCCAAUGGGGGCAAGUUGUGCAGUUUGAAGCCAUUGGCAUAAAGGUGCUUUUACACAUACAGUGGUACCUCGGGUUACAGACGCUUCAGGUUACAGACUCUGCUAACCCAGAAAUAGUGCUUCAGGUUAAGAACUUUGCUUCAGGAUGAGAACAGAAAUUGUGCUCCGGUGGCACGGCCGCAGCAGGAGGCCCCAUUAGCUAAAGUGGUGCUUCAGGUUAAGAACAGUUUCAGGUUAAGUACGGACCUCCGGAACGAAUUAAGUACUUAACCCGAGGUACCACUGUAUAGUUCUUCUUCCAUCAGUACAAGUUUUCAACAAAUAUUAGGAUUCCUUCGGCAAGGAACGAACGGGCAGGGUGGGAGGCCAUUCCAUGGUGAUUAUUUUUUCCUGGAAAUAAGGGAUAGAAAGUUGCCUUUUUUCAAAAACCAAAGCAGGACCUGGGAUUUUGGGAAAGCUGGAUUUUCCCAUCAUGUUAUUUUUUUAUUUUAUUUCAAAAUAUACAAAUAAUGCAUAGAUAACAAAUACAUACAUUGAUAACUUCUAUAUGAAUCAAAUAAUAAUGACCAAAUCAAAUAAUAUCAAACUCAGUGAACAAAAACCUUACAUCUCUACAUAUAUUCAAGAAAAGGAAAAAGGAAACAGGAAAGGAAAAAGACCACUAAAAUAAUGACAAGAACACACACUUUCUAAAAAUGAAACAGAAAAACAAAGAACACACACACACACAUGCAAAAAUCAUUAAGUUUCUUUUGUUAGAUGUUAUUCAGUGAUUUUCCCAUCCAGUUAAUCCCAAAUUUGCCCUGUGGAAAACCAAAUUAAUUGAUACGCAGGUUAUGAAAAUGGUGCCAGAAUCUAUAGAUGUGCCCGGUUUUGCGCAGUUCAUUUUACUGCUAAGCAGAGAGAGGAGCAUGGAGUUCUGUAAGGGCGCUUAAGCCCCUCCAUGUGACCAAGCCAUCACUAGAAACCAUCCUCUGCUCAUCCCUGUUUCCUGCCUUGAGUUUGUCAGGUGCUACUCAUAUGUCUGCAUAAAGCAGAAUUGUAGAAACAUAGAGUUGGAAGGGACCCCCAAAGGUCAUCCAGUCCAACCCCCUGCAAUGCAGGAAUUUCAACUAAAGAAUCCAUUACAGAUCACCAUCCAAUCUCUGCUUCAAAACCUCCAAGGAAGGAGAGUCCACAACCUCCCAGGGUGGACCGUUCCACUGCUACAGUAAUUACAGUAAAGCAAUUAAGAAAAUAUAAUAAUUACAGUAAAGUAAUUAAGGCUGAGAUAGUGCCCCAUCUCUUUCCAGACAGGUUGCUGGGGGGCUUAGCUGCACCUCUUUGCUGCUUAAAUCAUUAAGGAAUGCACUUCUUUGUUGCUGAAAUCAGCACGCGGAGGAGAAUCAGCAAUUCUCCUGGGUGGCUGGGUUUGCGCCUCUCUCUAUUUUUAAUUUUUUUAUUUGAUUUUAAAAAGUAUAAACAUACAACAAGAAAACAAUUCUGAAUCCAAAUAUCGAGAUCACUCUGAAUCAUUCUUUUGUUAGAUACUAUUCAGUGAUUUUCCCUUCCAUGGGUCCUAAUGAUAUUAGUUACAACUGCAUAUCAAUACUUAUCCAAUUUUUUUAUUCUUCUAAACUGUCCACACCUUCCAUUACUUUACAAGUGUGGUUAAAAUCCUGCUAAUGUUUUAACCUGCUUACAGUGGCCUCGUGAGUAAAUUAUAAAUUUCCCCCGUUCCUUGUUAAAGUCCUUGUCUUCUUUAUUUCUGAGCUUCCCAGUUAGUUUUGCCAUUCCAGCACAGUCCAUCAACUUGGCUUGCCAUUCGGUUUGCGCCUCUCUUUUAUUUUAUUUAUUUAAUCAUUUUUUCAAUACAAACGGCAACCACAAAAAACACGUACAAUAAAAACCACAAUAACACCAAUAACACAAUUUAACAAUUCAGAUUUCUGAUAUACCUAUAACUACACCUUUUGAACAAUAUUUCCCCACCUCUCCUCCCCCUACUUCCCACCACUGUCCGCCUUAUCGCUUAAGUAUUCCUUCCAGAUUUCUUCAUAUUUAUCCAUUCUUAAUUUGCGUCAAUAUGCAAUUCGUUCGUAUAUAACUAGUCUGUCCAUAUUGGCAAUCCAUGUGCUCAAUGGAAUCUUUUUGCGGCUUUUCCAAUUCAUCAAAACAAGUUUUUUUGAUUCUAAUGUGGCACGGUACAUCCAUUUUUUUUGACCCCUUGUAAUCUCCCACGUUUCCGGUAUAUAAUUUAGAAUUAAAUUCAAAUCCCCUAGAUAACAAUUUCUUUUUAUUACUCUUGCUAUAUAUAUCCUCACCUCGCACCAAAAUGAUCUUAUCAUCAGGCAGUUAAUCAUCAUAUGUACUAAGUUCGCAUUUUUACUUCCGCAUCUCCAGCAGUUGUCUGCAUUUGUUAUUUUCUUCUGGUAAAGUUUUGCUGGAGUCCUGGUUUGCACCUCUCUUUAUCCCCGCUUCCGGGCAUCGCUCUUCCCUUCAGCCAGCAAGUCUCUCACAUUGGAGGACGGCUUCCGAGAUGAGAAGGAAAGCGCCCCAGACGAGGACCGCCAGGCGCCUGAAGGCGCAGAGCCAGAGGUCAAAGCGCUUUGGUCCAUCUCCACCAAAACAGUCAAGCACAUCCUGGAGCUUCUGUGCGAUGAGUCGGUGAGCUGAAGCGGGGUGGGGGGCAGGCGGGCAGGCGAGCAAGUGGGAUGCCAUGGUUGCUGGACUUGCCCUGCCCUGCCAGCAGGACCUUGCAGAGCCAGGCAGAGGCCUGGGCCAGGUAGACAAUGUGGCCCCCGCUUUUUUUUACCCUGAAGUCUUAUAAAUAAGUAUAUAACAUAAUUUUUUUAUAAUGUAUUAUAAUUUUAAAUACAUUUUACAAUAAAUACAUUAUUCAUUUUAAAAUGUAUUAUACAAUUUUUAAUAGUUCAAUAAUGUAUUUAAAAAUCUAUUUAAUUAUAAUUAUAAUUAAAACUUCUCCGUCUUCUUAUUCUACUCUUAAAAAAGACAUAUGCUUGUGAGAAAGCCGCUAUUGCUCAUAAGCCACUAUUUCUUUAAAAAACAUGGUUUCCACCAAAUUUUAUCCUCAUUGAGCUAUAUGUACUCCUUGGGUGUAAGUAACAUUCCUGGCCUAAAUUUUAAACAAAUGGCCACAUCUCAUCCAUUUUUCAUCCUUUUCUAAAAAGAAAUUAGCGAUAAGAAAGCCAACACACUUUAAGGUACGUGUGGUUUUAAUUUUUGGCAAACAAGAUUUCAAACUCACCAGCUUUUAACAGCAUGAAAAACGUGGUCUGCCAUCACGUUCGCGGCGCACUGGCUGCUGGAGCCUUGGUCGCCUCCACCCACCCGGCGCCCGUUCCGCGCUCCUCUGCGGAGUCGAUCGCAGGUCCCGCUCCGGAUGCCGGGAAGCUUUUCUCUCACGCCGCCAGCCAGGGCCCCAGGGAAUCCGCCCACCACCACCUUUGCGCCUCCACGUUCGCCCCAGUGCAUCCCCUGCGGUUGUGAAUAUGCUGACCGAGGCCCCCUUUGGAAUCGGGGGCCCGGGCCAAGUGGCCCAUAUGGCCCCCCCUCUGUCUGGGCCUGCCUGCCAGGGACUCAGGAAUGCCUUCGCCUCUGGGCCGUGAGGAAUCCUUUGCCCCCCUCUCUUUUGCCAGGGCUUCCUGAUUGAGAGCAAACUGCGAGGUCUCCUCCAGCCCUUGGAAAAGCACGACCGGACCCUCAUGAGGCUGGACUCCAUCUUCGCAGUAAGGUUAUGGGCCCAUCUGCCCGUUUUGGGUUCCUCCCAGUUUCUUUCUCUCUCUCUUUUACAAUCUGAAGUUCCACAUUUUCACACAUCAGUUUAUUGGGGGGAGGGGGGAAAUCUCUAUGGAAGUUUGUUUAUUUCAGGCAUAGGCAAACUCAGCCCUCCAGAUGUUUUGGGACUACAACUCCCAUCAUCCUUGACCACUGGUCCUGUUAGCUAGGGAUGAUGGGAGUUGUAGUCCCGAAACAUCUGGAGGGCCGAGUUUGCCUAUGCCUGCUUUAUUUGUUUCACAACUUCUUCCUACCGCCUGACUGCAAAAGAAAAUUCCAAAGCUGUUUACAAAAAAAGAUAAAACAAUAAAAUUAGCAAUGGGAAGAACUGACAACAAUAAUGUAAGUUUCCCCUUUCUCUUUUAAUCUUUUUUCUAUCUCCAUAUCUCUACUUCUUUCUCCCUCUUUUCAUCUGGGUUGGUGUUUUUAUCGAGAUCAAUGUUUCCCAAACUUGGGUCUCGGCUGUCUUUGGACUACAGUUCCCAUCACCCCUAACUGCAGGUCCUGCUAGCUAGGGAUGCUGAGAUUUGCAGUCCAAAUACAACUGGUCUAGAUCAGGGGUCGGCAAAUGUUUUCAGCAGGGGGCCGGACUAUAUUUCUUUUUUUUGGGGGGGGGGAAUGAACUAAUUCAUAUGCCCCACAAAUAACCCAGAGAUGCAUUUUUAAUAAAAGGACACAUUCUACUCAGGUAAGCCACCCCCCACAACUCUCCCCUCCCUUCUCCACAGCACUGGACAAGCCCCGGUGGCUGCUUACCUGUGUCUUGCGAGUGGCAGGGGUUGGCGGCGAAGGGAUGAUGAGCGGCGCACGAAAGGGCUCUGGCUUGGAGCUGAGAGCAACGAAACCCAAAUUGAGCCUGCUUACAAUGGCGGCCGCUCGAGCGCUCACGCUGCUGCUGGCACCGACAAAACCCAGUCCCCGGCUUCUCUGCUCUAGGCAGGGCAGGGAGAAGCAGGGAGGGGGGAGGCGCCGCCAAACGCGCCUGCUGGUGCUGCCCAAACGAUCAGAUCCACGCCGAUCCGCACGGCGAUUCCCGGACUGUCCGCGGGCCGGAUCCAGAAGCCUACUGGGCCGGAUCUGGCCCCCGGACCUUAGUUUGCCUACCCAUGGUCUAGAUCAGCCUUUCUCAACCUGUGGGUCCCCAGAUGUUGUUGGACUACAACUCCCAUCACCCCUAGCUAGCAAGGCCAGAGCUCAGGGAUGGUGGGAGUUGUAGUCCAACAACAUCUGGGGACCCACAGGUUGGGAACUGCAGGUCUAGACUGACAUUUUAGCUCGGAUAAAAAAAUAUAUUUGAUAACAAUCUUUGCAUUUCUCUUUUUUUUUAAAAAAAACAAAAACCCGCAAUGUGAGAUUUUUCCAGAAGUUCAAACAAACACAGGCAGCCACUUCUACCACGGUGCAAGGGUCUGUCUGAGCUCUUCCAGAAGCUCACCUGGGAGGAGCAUCGCACGCUAAUCCUGGCACUGGAGGCUAAUCGGGCGCCUGCUGAGCUUUCCCUUCCUCUCCGCAGGCUCUGUCCAUCGUCAGCGAAGAUGACGUGUAUCACCUGGUGCAGUUCUUCAGGGGCUUCAAGGCUCAGCAAGUGGCUGCUAAUCCGGUAAGGCCGGGGUGGGGCUGGAACAUGGCAAUGGGGCUAGCUCAGACACAAUGAAACAUAGGUAAAGGUAAAGGGACCCCUGACCAUCAGGUCCAGUCGUGACCGACUCGGGUUGCGGCCCUCAUCUUUCUUUCCUGGCCGAGGGAGCUGGCGUACAGCUUCCGGGUCAUGACUAAGCUGCUUCUGGCAAACCAGAGCAGUGCACGGAAACGCCGUUUACCUUCCCGCCAGAGUGGUACCUAUUUAUCUACUUGCACUUUGACGUGCUUUCAAUCUGCCAGGUAGGCAGGAGCAGGGACCGAGCAACGGGAGCUCACCCCGUCAUCGCGGGGAUUUGAACUGCCGACCUUCUGAUCGGCAAGUCCUGGGCUCUGUGGUUUAACCCACAGCGCCAUAAAUCCUUAAUUGUUAUCCACCUCCUUUUACUUCCUUUGUCACUCGAAUGCUAGCACAGAGUCAAAACUAUUAUUGUAUUUUUGAACAUAUCUUCUACAACCAUCCCAUUUUUCCGCAAAUUUUUGCUUUGAGUUACCUCUGAGUUUGCUAGUCAAUUGAGCCAUCUCCACCAAUUCCGGUAAUUUGAUUUGCCAAUCUGUUAUUUUUGGAGCCUCCUGAUCUUUCCAUCCCUUGGCCACGAGUAUUUGAGCCGCUGCAGUUGCAUACAAGAAUACCUCUCUUAAAUUUCUCUCUUCCACUUCUUCACUAAGUUGCAUUUUGCGCUGCUUUCCCCCCAUAAGUCUCAGCUCCACUGGGCUGCGUCAGAAUCCCAGGGGGACCUGGAUAAACCUCCUCCAUCUGUGUCUCCUUGCCUCGUAGGAGUUGGAAGAGUUCCUCGCGGAGCUAGGCCCCAAAGAAGAGCCUUCAGAGGUCGAGGCUGCGGAGGAAGGGGGUGAGAGGGAGGGCUCUUUGGCCCCGCCAGACGAGGACAAAGCUCCCCCGAGCACAUCUUCGAUUCUCUCAGCUUUGUACAUGCACCCCAACGACAUCCUUAAAGCCCUUAAGGCUUUCGUCCAGGAAUUCCAGGAGCCAAGGUGGGUCUGUGCAGAAGAGGAGGAAGAGGAUAGGGCUGGUUUGGGGUGCUGUGGGGAGGAAGGAUGUGUGGGGCUGCUCUAAGAAAUAAUAAUAAUAAAUAAUAAUAAUAAUUUAUUAUUUGUACCCCGCCCAUCUGGCUGGGUCUCCCCAGCCACUCUGGGCGGCUUCCAACAGAAUAUUAAAAUACAAUAAUCUAUUAAACAUUAAAAGCUUCCCUAAACAGGGCUGCCUUCAGAUGUCUUCUAAAAGUCUGGUAGUUAUUUUUCUCUUUGACAUCUGGUGGGAGGGUGUUCCACAGGGCGGGUGCCACUACCAAGAAGGCCCUCUGUCUGGUUCCCUGUAACCUCACGUCUCGCAAUGAGGGAACCGCCAGAAGGCCCUCAGCGCUGGAUCUCAGUGUCCAGGCUGAAUGAUGGGGGUGGAGACGCUCCUUCAGGUAUACAGGACCGAGGCCAAUUAGGGCUUUAAAGGUCAGCACCAACACUUUGAAUUGUGCUCAGAAACGUACUGGGAGCCAAUGAAGGUCUUUCUGACUGGUGUUAUGUGGUUUCGGCGGCUGCUCCCAGUCCCCAGUCUAGCUGCCGCAUUCUGGAUUAGUUGUUGUUUCUGAGUCACCUUCAAAGGUAGCCCCACAUAGAGUGCAUUGCAGUAGUCCAAGCGGGAGAUAACUAGAACAUGCACCACUCUGGCAAGACAGUCUGCGGCCAGGUAGGGUCUCAUCCUGCCUACCAGAUGGAGCUGGUCGACAGCUGCCCUGGACACAGAAUUGACCUGUGCCUCCAUGGACAGCUGUGAGUCCAGAAUGACUCCCAGGCUGCGCACCUGGUCCUUCAGGGGACUCACCCCGUUGCGGGGAUUCGAACCGCCGACCUUCUGAUCGGCAAGUCCUAGGCUCUGUGGUUUAACCCACAGCCCCACCCAUGUCCCUAGUAACUUGUAGAGUCUGCCGUAAAUAAUAAACACCUCUAAGUAACCAAGUUAGUAGUAGCAGCGUUUUGUUCCUGUUUCGUCCAUUCUGCCUGCAACCGAUUGCUUUCUGAAGCUCUGUGUAUGCUCUGCUAAGGUCUGGCUAAGGUCCUGCAACCGGUCAAAGUUGCGAAACACCAAUAGCCUGUUCAUGGGACGCAGCCUUUUUCCUCCUGUGGGUGGUUGCUUUAGAUGGAGGGGGUGGCAAAAAUUACCGUAUUUUUUGCUCUAUAAGACUCAUUUUUUCCCUCCUAAAAAGUAAGGGGAAAUGUGUGUGCGUCUUAUGGAGAGAAUGUAGGCUGCGCAGCUAUCCCAGAAGCCAGAACCGCAAGAGGGAUUGCUGCUUUCACUGCACAGCGAUCCCUCUUGCUGUUCUGGCUUCUGAGAUUCAGAAUAUUUUUUUCCUUGUUUUCCUCCUCCAAAAACUAGGUGCGUCUUGUGGUCUGGUGCGUCCUAUAGAGCGAAAAAUACGGUAUUAUUAUUAUUAGAAUUUAUAUACCGCCUGGUUCACAGAACAAAAUGAAAAUAUAAAACCACAAAAUAUAUAAUAAAAAUAACAGCCCAGUAACACACACCCCCCAAAUCCACAUUUUAAAAGUAGGGGUGGUAUUUGAGUGGGCCGCAAGUGUUGUGGGUGGCCGGAAGGAGCAUGUCUGGUUCCGACUCCCGCUUCCCAGCCAUUGACUCUCCCUCCUUCCCACCUCCAGGGAGAAAUACCCCCUGGUGAAGAAAGCGCGCGAAGAACGGGACGACUCUAAGGACUCGGAGUAUUGGGACGCUCUCGCCCACGCCAUCCCGGACGGGAAUCUGAAGCUGUGGGAUGCCCUGGUCUCUGGCUUGCACAAAUACCAGUAAGGCAGGGGUGGGGGUGGGUAGGUCCUAUUAAGUCCCUGCACGUCUCCCCAGGGAGGGGGGUCGUUGAGGUGGGGGCCAUUGCAUAAGAGCCUUUCACAAGGAGAAGGUGGAGCACAUCUGAGCCAGGUGCCCUGCCCUGCGGAGGCCCUUUCCCUGCUGCCAGGAGUGCUCCUCGCCCGUCUAGCCUGCGCCUCGGGUGGCCCCUGGUGGUGAGAACGUGCCUCUUCCUUGCCUGGCUUUCGUGGUAACAGUUUCCCCUCUCCCUCCCCCACCUGAGAGCCAGCGUGGUGUAGUGGUUAAGAGCGGUAGUCUUGUAAUCUGGGGAACCGGGUUCGCGUCUCCGCUCCUCCACAUGCAGCUGCUGGGUGACCUUGGGCCAGUCACACUUCUCUGAAGUCUCUCAGCCCCACUCACCUCACAGAGUGUUUGUUGUGGGGGAGGAAGGGAAAGGGGAAUGUGAGCCGCUUUGAGACUCCUUCAGGCAGUGAUAAAGCGGGAUAUCAAAUCCAAACUCUUCUUCUUCUUCUUCUGUGCAGCCAUAUCCUGGACCAGAGGGCAAAGCUGAUCGCUGAGACGGACGGGCUGCGCCAGCAGAAUGCAGAGCUCAGGAUGCUGCUACGGCAGUAUCUCCAGUCCCCGGUGAGCAACGGGCUGCAGGACCGAGGGGAGGAGGGCAUUGUUGGGGCAAAGGGUCCGCUCUGGCAGGACAGGCGCUGCUGCUACUGUGGGUGGAACUCAGUUCCACAAGGUUCCUUCUCUGCCUGGGGUGUGUAUCUGAAGAUGUGUGCAUUCGCACGAAAGCUCAUACCAAGAACAAACUUAGUUGGUCUCUAAGGUGCUACUGGAAGAAUUUUUUUUAUUUUGUUUCGACUGCGGCAGACCAACACGGCUACCUACCUGUAAAUCGAAUAAAAAAUAUAUUUUAAAAAAGAGAGAGAAUCAUAGAAUUGUCGAGAUGGAAAGGACCCCAAGGGUCAUCUAUUCCACCACCCUGAAAUGCAGGAAUUCUAACUUUUAAGCAUCACCCACCCUGAGCCUGGCUGGGCAGGAGUGGGCGCUAUUGAUGGUCUUUGCUUCCCUUUCCGCAGGUGAAUGCUGAGCUGCUGAUCCCUCCGACCCACUUGCUGCACCUGCAGAUGAACACCUGACGUCCUGGUGCAGUUGCUGCCCCAGCAUCUUCUUCAUAGGCAUCCCAGCGAGCCUUGCUUAACUCCUCAAAGGAGUCUUGGCUGGGGAAAGCAGGCUUGGCCUGUCAUUCCCUCAGCUGCUCUCGAGUGCUGGUUUGGGUCACACCUUGGUGAGUAGCCCCUGGUGAAGUACAUGCCACACAGCUGUUCCCCAGCAACUGGGACAUGCCAGAGAAGGCUUGCAAACAUUUUUGACAUGUGUUGAGUGUCCUUAAGCAUCCCCACCUGAUGUGUUUCAGAAUCAGCAAAACUCACCACUGACCCUCCCAAAAUGUUAACUCUCAGGUUUGUUACCCCUCGGGAGAAGAUGGUACUCUGAACGCAGAGGUUUCUAAGUGUCAUUAGGGAGAGGAGGCAAAUAAAUGGCUAAUUGUUGUGGCUGU